AUGAUGUUCCGAUGCCUCCUCGCGGCGGCUUUGAUGCACCAGGCAGCGGCCGAGCUGCUGUGCGAACGCACGGGAGCUUGCACUCGCGACCGGGAGGAGGAGAACUCCAUCCUGCUCCACACCCGCCUCCACAAGGCCAAUGUGUCCAAGCACGUGAUGAAGAUGAUGAACUUCGAGCGGCCACCGCAAGAUUACACCUUCGACCAGUACGUCAAGGACUUCGGCAAGAAGUACGACCCCAAGUCCGGCGAGUAUGCCGAGAGGGAGAAGGCGUUUAAGGAGGCUCUCGCGGCUGUUCAGGCCCACAACGCGGAUGCCUCCAAGACCUACAAGGUUGCCAUUAAUGCCUACUCGGACUGGACGGUGGAGGAGCUGAAGUCCCUCCGCGGCCUGAAGAAGAUGAAGCGCGAGGCUUCGGCCUUCAAGGUCAAGUCCUUGCACCUCAGCAAGGACGAGGAGUACCCACAGAAGGUGGACUGGCGCGAGUCCUUCCCGACCGUCGUGACGCCGGCCAAGAAUCAGGGCCACUGCGGAUCUUGCUGGGCCUUUGCCACGACGGGUGUGGUGGAGAGCCACGCAGCCAUCCACUCCGGAGUCUUGACGGUCCUGUCCCCCCAGCAGCUGGUCUCCUGUGCCGAGAACCCGGAGCACUGCGGCGGCACCGGCGGCUGCGAUGGCUCCACCUCCGAGCUCGCCAUGGACUACAUCAAGCAGCAUGGCAUGACCUACGAGGAUGUGAUCCCGUACGAGUCCUUCUUCGGCGAUAAAGUCGAGUGCAGCACGGAGAUGCAGUUCCAUGCCGCCGCCUAUAAGAUGAUCACCAUCACCGGCUGGGUGAAGACGGAGACGAAUCUGCUGUCGGAUGUCAUGCACGCGAUUGUCAACUACGGCCCGCUCGCCAUCUCGGUGGAUGCCUCGGGCUGGAGCCCCUACAGCUCCGGCAUCGCCAACCCUUGCGACAUCACGAAGAACGUCGACAUCGAUCAUGCGGUGGGCCUCGUGGGCUACGGCGAGGAAGAUGGGAAGCUGUACUGGACCGUUCGCAACUCCUGGGGUGCGACGUGGGGCGAGAACGGCUACAUCCGCCUGGAGAGGCAGAACGACCAGAACUACUGCGGCACGGACAGCACGCCUCACCACGGCAGCGCGUGCGAGAACGAGCCAGAUACCCCGGUGAAGGUCUGCGGUACCUGCGGUAUCCUCUACGAUGUGAGCUACCCAACCGGUGCUCGGGUGGUCGGCGUGGGAUCCGGCGAUGUCGACCGGUGA